AUGAUUUUCUCGCCAAAGACGCUCUUUAGGGGAACAGCUGCUUUAGCUUCGCUUAUUGGACUUGCUGCUGGGGAUGGAAUAAAACAUGGUCCUUGUUACGAGGGACCGUUCGGAGACACGUCGAGUGCAGGGGCAUCCGGAGGGGAUUUCAUAUGCGAUACCAAAUGGGUGACCGGCUAUACAGUGACUGGAAUUGAAGUUUGGGCUAGUAAAGGACAAAUAAAUGGCAUUCAGUUUGCAUAUGGCGACGGCAGCAAGUCCCCAGUCCGUGGAAAGAAUGUCGAGGCUGGCAAUCGCCACGCAGCAAUUACAUGGCAAGACGGAGACACCAUCACCAAAUUAAAUAUCUGGUCCAACAAAGACAAAGAUGCCGUGGGAAGAAUUCAGUUGGAAGUCAGCAACGGACAAAAGCUUGAUGUCAGCGCUAAGCACACCGACGGUUAUGACGGCCAGCCAGUUUUGACGCACAGUGGUCUUUUACUAGGCGCUCGUGGGGGCGCGAAAGAGAAAAUGAACUGGAUCGAGUUUCUGUUCAUGGCAUCCAACGUCGGAAAGGCUGAGAUGUCCGAAAUUGAAUUCAAAGAGGAUCUGGAUGAUUGGAACGCAAAGAAGAAGUAAGUCAAAUUUCCUUGGGCCAUAACUUCAGUCUAACGACAUGCAGGGGCAUUGAUCCCGACUUCAUUCUUAAUGAAGUUUACAUUGUCAAUACAAACGUCAAGGGCAACAGUACCGGCGGUGUCGAAAAAGGAUUCUAUUUCCGUAAUUCGAGACUCAAGACUGUGACUAAGGAUUUGACUCAGUCCAAAAGGAACUCAUUUGGAGGAACGGUGACUUUAACAGUUGGUGGUGAAAUCAAAGUCCCUCUUUUCACAAGUGCAACCACCAGUGUUGGGGGUACUGGAACAUAUACGCACGAAACUAUGAACAGUGCAAGCCAAACAGAGACCUACACACAAACGCUCUUCUGGGAAGAAACAGGAACUGUAAGUCUAUCAUUACACUGUAUUCUAUGGAGUGAGGAGCUAAAACUCAUUAUGUAGAUUGUACCAGGACGUGCUGUCCAUUGUAUUGCGACAGCAGCUACUGGUGUCUACAGGAGCGAAUAUAACAGUACCGUGACGAUUAAGAUGGCUGACGGAAACACCUUCAAUAUCACUCAGCCAGGUACUUACACAUCUGUCGGAUGGUCACUUGCCACCAGUAACUGCCGGGAUAUUGCAGCAAGCGAGGCACCCAAGACCGCUUUCGAAGCCGGUCAACAGCCAGAUGCCCCGGAAGAUACUACAAGCGAAAUGCCAAAUGUCAAAGCCCACGAGUAUGCACAUGGAACCAAUGUUUACCAAUGGUACAGAAUUCCAGGAGGGGGAGGAAGACCAAACCUGUUUGCAGCUGAACGAUCCCCGCCUGGAUCCCUGCCCCGGCCAUCAGCUCGAGGAGUGAGAAGAUCUUACCGGCGAGGAAAUGCUUAG